AUGAUCGAAUCUGAUACUUAUUCGAAGAUCAAAGUCUUCUGGGAUCUCUCCAAUGUUAAAUAUGGCACAGAGCUUGAACCUGUUGAUGGGUUUUAUGUACUAGUCAUGGUUGAUUCAGAGAUAGGCCUUAUUUUGGGUGAGAAGCCAUGGCCAAGAAGUUCAAAACCAGCAAUCCAGCAGCCAAGGCACAGUGUGGGCGUGAUGGACGCGGAAAUCGAUGAGCAAAAUGAAAGCCUAAAACACCCAGUUCUGUCUAUUUGUAUCGAUCAAAAGACGGUGAUUUGUGUGGUAGCGGCUGUGCAGGGACGACGACAAUGGGGAGAUGCGGCUAGCUCAUGCGCUGUAAUCAUCACAGAAAUUCACUCAAAUCAAAUAUUGAUUGCAGAUAUGCUUAUAAAUGUUCUAGCAGGCAGCAAAAAGGAGCCAUUUGUCUUUUUCCUCUCUCACGCAGCCAUGGGAACUUCCCAAAGCAGAGCAGAAUCCCCAACAGGAAAGAAAGGAAGCAGAAUAGUUAUCCUUGAGAGGAAAGAACAAGGUUCCUUGCUUGGUAUGAGUGGCAUCUCCCUUGGUAUUUGCUAUAUAACUCUUAAGACUUUCUCACUUCAGUUAUUCUCAAAGUUGCAAGCUUUUCUUGGUCGAUUGCCUGUCAACUUGCUUGGAGUUCAGUUCGAUGGGGAAUUACCAUCAAAUAAAGCUCUGAUAGCAUCACCUUGCGCUCACCCUUUUCUUAUAUUGUCCUACACAAGCUAUAAAGAGGAUGGAAGAAUCAUAGAAAUUUGGCAGGGAGAAUUAGAUGAGGAGGAAGUGUUUGAGCAAAAUAUAAGAAGGUUUUUCAGGAGAGUGAAGUUCGUCAAGAUACUUAUAGUGUUAUUAGCUAUUGAGGUCUCAUUACUGGAUCCUCUCUUCUUCUUUAUCCCUGUGAUCAAUGACCACCAGAAGUGUGUUCGCUUGGACAAAAAGCUGGGGACUGUAGUUAUAGUUUUUCGUUCACUCAUCGAUUCCUUUUAUGUGAUUUACAUCUUUUCUCAACUUCAUAAACAUUUCUUGAUGGCGCGUUCUAGAAAAAAUCAACGUAAAGAUCAGCACAAAAGAUUACCGAAAUAUUUGUUCCUAAUUGACUUUCUAGCUGUUCUUCCUCUACCACAAGUGGUUAUAUUGAUCAUCCCAGCAACGAAAGGCUCCGGGUUUUUGAAUGCGAUCUACUUGUUGAGAUCUGUUGUCCUUUGCCAAUUUGUACCUAGGUCUUUUCGUGCAUACCUUUUCAUUACUUCAGGCACUUUUGGAGAACCUGCAAAGGCAAGAGUCAAGUUCAGUCCAUUUAUCUACAUGCUAGGCAUUGAUGUUGUUGGAGCCUUCUGGUACAUCCUCUCCGUUGAGCGAUUAGUGCAAUGCUGGAUCAAAGCCUGUGAAACUCAUGCUGGGUGUGUCAGCUCCUUUUACUGCAAGGAAACUGUUGGAGGCCACACCUCUCUGAAAGAUUUUUGCCUCAUGGAUACACAAAAGACUGCUUUCUUUGACUUUGGAAUAUUUAGUGAUGCUCUUCAGUCUCGUGUUGUGGAAAUGACAGAUUUUCCAAAGAAGUUGCUAUACUGUUUCCAAUGGAGUCUACAAAAUCUUUGUGGCUUUGGUCAAAACCUCAAAACAAGCACCUAUAUCUGGGAAAACUUACUUGCAAUUUCCACGAGCAUCUUGGGCAUGCUUUUGUUUUUACUUCUCUUUGGAAACCUGCAGGUUGGUACUAAAUUUAACGAUUACCUUGUUCUCAUAUGA